GAAACUCGAAAGAGAUGGAGGGAAAAUUCGCUAUUUCAGAAUCGACUAAUUUGCUUCAAAGGAUCAAAGAUUUUACUCAAUCGGUCGUUGUAGAUCUGGCUGAAGGAAGAUCUCCAAAAAUUUCCAUCAAUCAAUUCAGGAACUAUUGCAUGAAUCCAGAAGCUGAUUGCUUAUGCAGCUCUGAUAAACCAAAGGGUCAGGAAAUUUUCACUCUUAAGAAGGAACCACAAACCUACAGAAUCGAUAUGUUGCUAAGAGUAUUGUUGAUAGUCCAACAACUUCUGCAAGAAAAUAGACAUGCUUCGAAAAGAGAUAUCUACUACAUGCAUCCAUCAGCUUUCAAAGCACAAUCCAUUGUGGACCGUGCAAUUGGUGAUAUAUGCAUUCUUUUUCAGUGUAGUCGGUACAACUUGAAUGUGGUUUCUGUUGGAAACGGGUUGGUGAUGGGUUGGUUAAAAUUUAGGGAAGCUGGAAGGAAAUUUGAUUGUUUAAACAGCUUGAACACUGCAUAUCCCGUUCCUGUUCUUGUAGAGGAAGUCGAAGAUAUUGUUAGCUUAGCUGAGUACAUACUGGUUGUGGAAAAAGAAACAGUAUUCCAGCGUUUAGCAAAUGACAUGUUUUGCAAGACGAACCGCUGCAUUGUUAUCACAGGAAGAGGAUAUCCAGAUGUCUCAACAAGAAGGUUCUUGCGACUCCUGAUGGAGAAGUUGCAUCUACCUGUGCAUUGUCUAGUCGACUGUGAUCCAUAUGGCUUUGAGAUCCUAGCCACAUACCGUUUUGGCUCCAUGGUUAGAUUCUGUUACAAAAUAUAGAUGACUGAACUCGGAAAAUUUCACCGCUUGCAUUGUUUUUGUUGAUAGUGAUAAUGUGAUAUGGCACUGACCCAUUUCAUUUUGAACCAUUUUCCUUAUGUCACUUGUUUUCUUUCUGUAAGCAAAUGGCCUAUGAUAUUGAAUCAUUACGAGCACCAGAUAUGAAAUGGUUGGGAGCUUUUCCUUCAGACUCUGAGGUAUAUAGUGUUCCCAAACAGUGUCUUUUGCCACUGACAGAAGAAGAUAAGAAAAGAACUGAAGCAAUGUUGCUUAGAUGCUACCUGAAGCGUGAAAUGCCACAAUGGAGGUUGGAACUUGAAACGAUGUUGAAAAGAGGGGUCAAGUUUGAGAUCGAAGCACUCUCAGUUCACUCACUGUCCUUUUUGUCAGAGGUAUAUAUUCCUUCUAAGAUUCGUCGUGAAGUAAGCUCUCCUUGAGCUUCAUACGAGAUAACUAGUCUCCAACUCAAGGUAAUGCUCAUUGUUUUUUUUAUGACUCUUUCUAAGCUUUUUAGUGCAAACCAAAUGCAUUGGUAGAAUGGACAAAUGAACAUAGUUUUAAUGGAAAAAUCAUAAAUAUACAGAUUAUAAAAAAUAAUUCUC